CCCACCCACCCAUAGUCCCGAGCCUCGGUGUGCACCGGGGCUGUGCCCCCGCCAGCCACAGCGACCUCGGCAGCGCGCACUUGGCACAGCCGAAGCACGCGGACUCAGGCGCCAGAGGAGCGCCCCGGCCACCCCAAAACAGUGACAAAGUCCGCGUGCCCCGGGCCCCCAUCUGGAGCCAGCCCACCCUUGGACUGGGCGGCCGGGCGGAGUGGAGUGAGGGAGGUGACUCGCCGGAACAACUUCAACAUGGAGAGUGACUCCACGUUGGAAACCCACUUUCCUCUCUCCAAGGAAGCAGCAGGGGAGCAUCCAGACGACCGGACUGCACACCAGCCCUUCCCCAGACAGCGAUUCCAGCAAGAGACGGGGCGUCCUUCACUGCAAAGAGAUGGCCCCAGAUCCUUUCUCCUUGAUCUACCAAACUUUCCAGAUCUUUCCAAAGCUGAUAUCAAUGGGCAGAAUCCAAAUAUCCAGGUCACCAUAGAGGUGGUCGACGGUCCUGACUCUGAAGCAGAUAAAGAUCAGCAUCCGGAGAAUAAGCCCAGCUGGUCAGUCCCAUCCCCCGACUGGCGGGCCUGGUGGCAGAGGUCCUUGUCCUUGGCGAGGGCAAACAGCGGGGACCAGGACUACAAGUACGACAGUACCUCAGACGACAGCAACUUCCUCAACCCCUCCAGGGGGUGGGACCGUCCGGCCCCAGGCCACCGGACUUUUGAAACCAAAGAGCAGCCAGAAUAUGAUUCCACAGACGGUGAGGGUGACUGGAGUCUCUGGUCUGUCUGCAGUGUCACGUGCGGGAAUGGCAACCAGAAACGGACCCGAUCUUGUGGCUAUGCAUGCACCGCCACGGAAUCUAGGACCUGUGACCGUCCCAACUGCCCAGGAAUUGAAGACACUUUCAAGACAGCUGCCACUGAAGUGAGUCUUCUUGCGGGAAGCGAGGAGUUUAAUGCCACCAAACUGUUUGAAGUUGACACAGACAGUUGUGAGCGAUGGAUGAGCUGCAAAAGCGAGUUCUUAAAGAAAUACAUGCACAAGGUGAUCAAUGACCUGCCCAGCUGCCCCUGCUCCUACCCCACGGAGGUGGCCUACAGCACGGCCGACAUCUUCGACCACAUCAAGCGCAAGGACUUCCGCUGGAAGGACGCCAGCGGGCCCAAGGAGAAGCUGGAGAUCUACAAGCCCACGGCCCGGUACUGCAUCCGCUCCAUGCUGUCCCUCGAAAGCACCACGCUGGCUGCCCAGCACUGUUGCUAUGGUGACAACAUGCAGCUCAUCACCCGGGGCAAAGGGGCCGGCACGCCCAACCUCAUAAGCACAGAGUUCUCCGCUGAACUCCACUACAAAGUGGACGUCCUGCCCUGGAUCAUCUGCAAGGGCGACUGGAGCAGGUACAACGAGGCGCGGCCGCCCAACAACGGGCAGAAGUGCGCAGAGAGCCCCUCGGACGAGGACUACAUCAAACAGUUCCAAGAGGCCAGGGAGUAUUAACGAGACGGGGCAGAGGCGGAGAGAUGCUGCCUUUGGUUUUGUGACGAACGCUCUGCACUGAUCCGCCGGCUGGCACCCGGUCCUUCCUAUCCGCCUGUGUGUAUAUCUGUAUAUACUACACGAGUAUUUUUUAUAAAUCACUCUAGGGGUGCGCGCCGGCCUUGAAGCCAUCCUUGCCAUGUACAGUGCCUACAGACCUCCUCGAAGUCUUACCCCUCCCAGGGGCAUGUGGGCAGGAAGAUGGGAGGACAAAGAGGCCUGAGGAAGAAACCGGGAAGCACAGUGGGUGUGAUUCAGGUCACACUCCAGGAUCCGGUGUUUCCCAGAGAAGGGAAGGGAGAGAGAGACCAAGUUGGAAACGUUAUGAGCAGUCUUUCUAUAUAACUUAUUUAACACGAAUGAUGUGACUUAAGCUUAACCUUUUCUCUGGAGUUGUCCUUGGGAAACUCAUCACUUCUGUGAGAGUUUGAAAAGAAAGGGGCUUAGGGAAGUGGGAGAGAAAGGGAAAUUUGCAAUGAUUUCUUUAAAAAUUAAUAACACAACAAGAAAACACCCACCUUAAACCAAAAUUUUUUAGUCCUAAGGCACCUUGCUGGAGUUGCAGAUGCCAAAAGUCCCUUGCCUCAGUUUGGGUAGCAGUUGGGGGCGGGGGUUGUGGAUAUUUUUAAUAGCAAACCUGAGGCCUGGUUUUAAAUAGUCUUUAAAAUAAAAGGCCAAUAUUAACCUAAUUCUCUGAUUUCACUAAAAUGCCUCCAAAGAGUAAAAUUUCUGCUUAGUAGGUUCAGAAGACAGCAGGAAGUUCAGACAUAAAAACAAGGAGUAGCACUUUUCCAAAGGAAAAAGAAAAGGAAAAAAAAAAAAGAGAAA